CAGGAAUCACGCUCCGGGAUUCGAUUUCUUUUCUUUCUGGCGUUUCCCACCAAAAUCCUUCACAGUUUGUUUUGCCUCGUGACAGCAUGACGGGACUCAAAGUUGCACAUUUGGGAUAAUUACAAUAAUGGUUCGCUUUAAAUGUCCAUUUCCACGGAGCUGCAGCUGAGGUUUCAUUCAAAGUCGGACUGGAUUUUUUAAGCGUGAUGGAUACAAAUGAGUUCGCAGUACUGAAACUUUUUGUUGUUGGGAUUUUGGUCAAUGCAUGGAUGAUGAGAGGACUGUCAGCCACCGACACUUUCAACACAGAGCCCACUCCCCCCCGGCCCAGGAGAGCCUGCAAUGAAUCCCGUCUGCAGUGGGAGUUGGAGGUCUGUGGUGAAGACUUCAAGCGGGACAUGGCUCACGUAGAUCCACAGUACUGGUGUAACCUCACACACUUCAUCAGUGAGUAUCACAUCUUCACCCACUGCACAGAGUCAAAGUCCCACAGUGUCGACUGCUAUUGGCCGAACCCGUUGGUGGAGAGCUUCAUCAUCCGCAUACACAAGCACUUUUUCUCCAACUGCACCAUGGAUCAGGUGGUAUGGGUGGAUCCGCCGGACGAGACGCUAACCAUCCUCAUCCUCGUCCCUGUUUUUCUUACCUUGGCCAUGAUCGCCCUGGUGGUCUGGUGCAGUAAGAGGAGUGACAUCCUGGCCUAGGAGGAAAGGAAGAUUAAAGAGGAUGAAGGAAGAGGGGAGAAGAGCUCAACUUCUCUACUAAAACAAUACUGUACUCAAUGAAGGAGUGUACAGAGGUUUUGGGAGAUUGUUUCAGUUGGUCAAAAUAAUCCACAAAUGGCAAUACAAAUCACCUACAUGUCCUGUGAAAACCAUACAGCUAGUCUCUAGUAAUAUAAAGUAGUACUUUUUA